GUUAGUCCCUGUGGUUUACACUAAAUAACAAUCUAAGGUACUAAGAGUUUAAAAUCACGUUUUAGGGUACUAACUUUUAAUUUUUUAACAAAGUAAGGUAUUAACGUUAAGUUGCUGUUAAAUGCUAACCCUGACACCCUCACGUGCCAUAAACGUGAGGGUAAAUAUGUCAUUUAAAUGAAGGUCUCCUGCUUUAAUUAAACUCUGUUUCAUUCAACAUCAGUCUAUUCAUCUUCACCCCAUAUACUCUGUAAACCCAAAUCGAGUAAACCCUGAUUUCUAGGGUUUUAGCGUUGAGCGAUGGAUCUUUUGAGACAAGAAGAUGAACCAUUUGACUACGUUGGCAAAUACGGUACACAAACAGGAUUAUUUUCUCUGAAGAUACACUACAAUGGGCAAUUUGGAAUCAAAAAUCAAAAUCUUUGCUACAUAACUGGUAAGGUAAUCUAUGUUGAUUUCAUGGAUACGGACAUGUUUUGUAUCCAUGAUGUCAACGAUGCUAUGAGGUUGUUAGGGUUUUCAGAAGAUAAAGUUCAUCAUUUUUAUUUUGUGGUUCCUGGUAGUGAGAUACAUAGUGGUCUUAUGUCUUUAAGCACUGAUGAUGAUGUACGAGUCAUGAGUGAAUAUGUGCUACAAGGUUCCAAAGUUAUAAGUCUUUAUGUAGAGCAUGGUUUAGGCAUUGCAACUGAAGAUGUGACAGUCAAUAAUGGUAAAGUAGAUGACCCUAAGAAUGCACAAGUAGAUGAAGAUGUGACAGUCAAUGCUGGUAAUGUAGAUGACCCUAAGAAUGCACAAGUAGAUGAAGAUGUGACAGUCAAUGCUGGUAAUGUAGAUGAACCAAAGAAUGCACAAGUAGAUGAAGAGGUAACAGUGAAUGUAGACUUUGAUAUCAAUGAUGUUGAAAAUAGGACUGAGAAGUUUAGUAAUGAAGAUGUUGAGAAUAUCCUAAGACAGACUGUUGUUGAUGCUUCUUUUAAUGAGCUGUUUAGUGAUCACAACACACUUGGUGAUGUUUUAAAACCUUAUGUAAGGCCAGCUGAACAGAAGGAAAAGGGUAAUGAGAAUGAAAAGGCUAAACAGAGUGAAAGGGUUGAACAUGAUAAUGAGGAUAGUGGUGAUGAGGACAUUGUCGAUGAGGAAAAUGAGGUGUUUGAGGUAGAAGUUGAUAUGAGUCAGUUUAAUGACAAGUUCCAGGCUAAGCAUCAGAUGAACAAUGAAAAAGAAACUGAUAAUGCUACUGAAACAAGUGUGGAUGAUACUGAACAUGAUCCCUUAGAAGAAGAAUAUCUUAGCAAUGAUUCCCUUGGCACAUCUGAAUCUGAAGGAGAACUUACCAUUGAAAAGCAUAGGAAAAAAGCAUUUAGGAGGAUUAGGAAACAACAAGAAGCUAGUAAGGAAAAAUGUGCAUUUUAUGUAGGUCAAACAUUUGGUGAUAAUUCACAGGUGAAGACCCUCAUCAGAAGACAUGCAAUUGAAACAAGAAGGGAGAUUUUUUUCUAUAGGAAUGAUCAGGAAAGGAUAAGGGCCCAUUGCAAAGGGAGAAUUCCUGAUUUUGAAAUGGCCCAAGAAAAAGAAGGCCCAAGUGAAAGUCAAAAAGAUGGCCCAAAUGAAAGUCAGAAAGAUGGUGGUAGGUUAACAAAAGAAAACCCUAAUAAAUGUCCUUGGGUUGUGUAUGUGGCUAAGCUUAAAGAUGAACCUACCUGGGUGGUUAAAACCUAUAACCCACAACAUAAGUGUUUUCAGACAAGAACUUCAAGACACUUCACAUCUGAAUGGAUAUCCAAGGAGAUAAUGUUGGAUAUUGAAUCAAACCCCAAGAUCCCAAUCAAAGCUAUCAAGGAUCAGUUGCAGAGGAAAUUCAUGAUGGAAGUUUCAACAAUGAAGGCAUUUAGGGCCAAAAAUAUGGCUGCAAAGCAUGUGAUUGGUGAUUAUACAAAGCAAUACAGGCUGCUAAGGGAUUAUGGCCUUGAACUACAGAGAACAAACCCUAACACAACUUUUAAAAUUGACCUUGAACCAUCCAGUAUUAAUGCUUCUUCAAGUAACAGGGUUUUCAGAAGGGUGUACAUCUGUCUUGGUCCAUUGAAGGAGGGAUUUAAGGCUUGCAAAAGAGAAAUCCUUGGUUUGGAUGGAGCUUUUAUGAAGGGGCCAUUCCCUGGUCAACUGUUGACUGCUGUGGCUAUGGAUCCCAAUAAUGGGAUCUACCCACUGGCAUAUGCUAUAGCUGAGGCAGAGUCAAAAGAUUCCUGGACAUGGUUCUUGGAUCUUUUAAGGGAUGAUCUUGAAUUACCUGUGAAUGCCAAUUUCACUUUCAUCUCAGAUAGGCAGAAAGGAAUCAUCCCAGCCAUUGCUGCUGUCUUCCCUAGUGCAGAACACAGAUAUUGUGUUAGACACAUUCAUCAGGUAGGGCUAAGACUGAGGUGUAGGGCUAAGACUGAGGUGUUGUUAAACAAUUUGUGUGAGGUGUUUAAUGCAAGAUUGGUGGAUGGCAGGGAUAAGCCCAUUAUCAGUGCUCUUGAAUAUGUUAGAGAGUAUUGCAUGAAAAGGAUUGUCAAUGUGCUGAAGGUUAUUGCUAAGACUGAUGGUGUGUUGACUCCAAAAGCUGCUGAGCAUUUUGAGCUUGUCAAAAAACAUGCAGCCAAUUUAAUUGUCCAGUGGAAUGGUGGUCCUAAGUAUCAAGUUAGUUGUUAUUUGGGUGAAAGAUAUGGAGAGCAGUUUGUUGUGGAUGUCAUUGAGAGGACCUGCACAUGCAGGAAAUGGGAAAUAAGGGGCAUGCCUUGUACACAUGCUGUUGCCACCAACUGGGAUAUGGCUGCAAAUGGUUUGAAGGUUGACAUACCAGAGAGAUGGGUGGAUGAGUGCUACUGGUUGUCUACAUGGAAGAAGGUAUACUCUUACAAAAUAGGGCCAAUCAAUGGAAGAAGCAUGUGGCCUAGGGCACACUGUAGUACAAAACUCCUUGAACCAAUGUACCACAAACCUGUUGGCAGACCCAGGAAGAUGAGAAGAAAGGAUGAAAUGGAGAAGGAAGAUAGCAUGGUUAAAGAUGGCAAGUUGAGUAGGAAAUGGAAGACAGUGACAUGUGGAAGCUGUGGAGGAAAAGGUCACAAUAAAAGAAGGUGCACCGGACAAGGCUCAACUGCUGCUCAAUCUAGUUAA